UCCAGCGCUCCCCGCUCGGCCCGGUUCAUGUGUGUGGCUCCAGUCAGCGGACAGCCGGCGGUUUGUGAUCCGAGCUGAGGAUGCGGGAGCAGGCGUGGGCCUCCCGGUGCCCCCGUUCCCCCCGGUCCCUCCGGUCCCCCCGGUGCCUCGCGCUCAUCAUCGCCGCUCUCACGUCAUGUGUGUCCGCCGACCUGCGGCCGUCCAAUGAGACCGACUACUACUACCAGUACACAGAGUGUGACAGCACAGGGUCUCGAUGGAGGGUCGCCAUCCCUCUCAGUCCGAGCUCCUGCUCAGAUCUUCCAUCUCCAACCAGAGGAACAGACUGCUCUUUCUCCUGUCCGGCCGGGAUGUUUUUGGAGAUGAGCACGCAGCGGUGCACGCCGUGCGCGGCCGGCUCCUACUCCCUGGGCAGCGGCCUCCGUUUCGACCAAUGGGACGCCGUCCCUGCAGGCUUCAGCAGCAUGGCCAGCUACUUAGACCCCGGGCCAAGCGGAGAGGACGUUCAGGCGUGUAACAGCUCGUCGUGGACGCCACAGGGCGUGUACCUGGAGUCCAACCGCGACGAGUGUACAGUGUCUCUGGUUUACGCCGUCCACCUGGAGAAGAAGGGCUCCAUCUCCUUUACCUACCAGUACCCCGACAACAACAUCUUCUUUGAGUUCUAUGUCCAGAACGAGCAGUGUCAGGAAAUGUCUCAGACCGACGACCAGAGGUGGAUUAAAAUCACUAACAAUGGAGAAUGGGACACGCACACAGUGCAUCUGAAGUCCGGUACGAACAUCCUCUACUGGAGAACCACCGGCAUCUUGGUGGGAGGGAAGAUGGUGAAACCCGUGCUGCUCAAGAACAUCCAGAUAGAGGGUGUCGCCUACACAUCGGAGUGUUUCCUGUGUCGGCCCGGCUGGUUCAGCUCGGCCCCCGGCUCCUCGUCCUGUCAGCCGUGUCUCAGCAACACGCUCUCCACAAAAGGGGCGUCAGCCUGUACGAGCUGCCCCGAACACCACUACUCACAUGAGGGGUGGGCGGAGUGUAAAGUGAGGCCGCCGUGCUCAGAGAAGGAUUAUUUCCAGAUCCACACGGCCUGCGACAGCGAAGGGAAGACGCAGGUGUUGUACCGUUGGGUGGAGCCAAAGAUCUGCGUGGAGAACACCACGGGGGCCGCGGAGCUGCCCACGACGGUGCAGAGCGAGCCCUGCCCUCCGUGCAACCCCGGCUACUACAACAGCAACAGCAACGACUGCCUGCCCUGCCCACCUGGAGCCUACUCGGACGGCACCUACGUGUGCAUCGAGUGCCCUGCAGGUACAGAGCCGGUGUUGGGUUACGAGUAUAAAUGGUGGAACGUGUUGCCCUCCAACAUGAAGACUUCCUGUUUCAACGUGGGCAACUCCAAAUGUGACGACAUGAACGGCUGGGCGGUCGCAGGAGACCACGUUCGCAGCGGAGCCGGCAGUUCCGAUAACGACUACCUCAUCCUCAGCCUGCACGUGCCCGGCUUCAAGGUCCCGGCCUCCCUCUCCGGCAUGACGGGCGGUGAGUUCGGCUGGAUCACCUUCGUGUUCGAGACCAUCUGCUCCGGAGACUGUGAGCUCUACUUCAUGAUGGAUGUGAACAGGAAGAGCACCACGGUGGUGGAGUCGUGGGAAGGCAGCAAGGCGAAGCAGUCGUACUCACACAGCAUGACCAGGAACGCCUCGGUCACGUUCACGUGGGCCUUCCAGAGGACCAACCACGCUCUGGACGUGCGUCGCUACGUCACCGACCUGGUGAAGCUUUACUCCGUCAGCGUCACCAACGUCGUGGACGGCGUGGCGUCGGCGUGCCGGGCCUGCGCUCUGGUGCCACAGAACUCCCAGCGAGCCGGCUCCUCCUGCGUGCCGUGCCCGGCCGGGUUCUACAUCGACACCGAGACCAACCGGUGCCGGGAGUGUCCGGCCAACACACACCUGGCGGGGCGCCACACCUUCGGCCAGGACGCGUGCGUCGCCUGCGGCCCGGGGAGCAUCAGCAACAAGGAACACUCUCGCUGCUACAGCGACUGCUCCUUCUCCCACACGGAGAACAACCGCACACUGACCUUUGACCUCCGGCCCCUGAGCGACGUGGCCUCGCUGACCAUCGGGCCGAGCUUCACCUCCAAAGGCACAAAGUACCUCCAUCUCUUCAACAUCAGCCUGUGUGGCCACGAGGGGCAGCGAGCCGCCGUCUGCACGGACAACGUCACCGACGUGUCCAGCAAGGACGACGGGAGCGACUCGGCUCAGCUGGUGAACUCGGUGGACAGCUUCACCUGUCAAUCGACCAUCAUCCCGGCGGAUGGGCGGGGCUUCAGGAUGGCCAUCUCCUCCCAGUCCAUCAGCCUGGCGGACUCCUUCAUGGGAGCGACCGCGGACUCGGUCCUGGAUUCGGUGGACGCCAAACCAGAUCUUUUUCCAGGAAAAUCCCAGAAUGUCCCGGACAUCAACUUCUUCUACAGGUCAACACAGGUGACGGCGUCGUGUGACCGGGGUCGCAGUUCAGUCAUCACCGUUCGCUGCAACCCCGAGAAGUCGGAACGAGGAGAGCUGUCGGUGCCCAGCUCCUGUCCGGCGGGAACAUGCGACGGAUGCACGUUUCACUUCCUGUGGGAGAGCGCCGCCGGCUGUCCGCGCUGCGCCCGGGACGACUACCACCGGAUAGAGGGAGCGUGCAAGAGCGGCGUCCAGGAGACUCUGUUCAUGUGGAACGAGCCCAAGCUGUGCACCCACGGGCCGCUGCCUCCCAGGAGCUCCUCGCCGUGCGAGGCCAUCGCUCUGUGGCUGAAGAUCGGCGUCGGGGGCGGAGCCUUCGUCGCCGUGCUCCUCGUCUCCCUCACCUGCUAUUUCUGGAAGAAAAACAAGAGACUGGAGUAUAAGUACUCGCGGCUGGUGAUGUCCGGCAACAAGGAGUGUGAGCUGCCGGCUGCAGACAGCUGCGCCCUGGCAGAAGGGGAGGAGCCUGAGGACGACUUGGUCUACACCAAGAAGCCCUCGCUGCUGGGGAAACUGAGGGCCAUCGCCAACAAGCGCGAGGGGGGGGACCGCUGCGAGUCGGUGCAGCUGAACUCUCAGUGUGAUCGGUGGGUCCUGGGAUGAACACGAUGUCGCUCACUGCCCUCCUCUUCCCGGUGUGUCCUUCGCCCUCCUCCUCCUCGCUCUUUACUGUGAGGUGGCAUCAACACAGACCUCCGUUUUCACUGGAAAACAUUUUACGCUGGGAAAAAACUGGACAAUGUCUUUUUCCUGCUAGAAUAAACAGGAAACACACACUCCUGCUUUAACGCCACGGAAGCUCAAGGAAGGCCACUGAAGGAGAAACCUGCUUUUAAUGUUUGUUUGUUUUUGUAUGUUUUGUAAUUUUUAUUCGUAUAUUUGUUGUUCAGGGUUAUCUAUUUAUAUUAAUGUUAUAAUGAUUAACCAUUAUUAAAGUCCUAUUUGACUUUG